AUGAGUGUCGUUGCCAGUAGACCGGAGACACCUUCUGUGCCCUAUAAUAUCCCACAGGAUGCCGAUUGCAAGGAAUGGGCCGUGACGGUGCAGCCAGUGGCGUCGCGAACCUCCUCCUUUUCCUCCUACAAAUCCAAUUAUACAACAUCAACUGCACCAACCUCGAAUCCGCCGACAUCUCCGACAUCCCCGACGCUCUCUUCGCGUCAAUUCGACUCCGUGGGUUCCAUUGCAAAGGAGAUUGAGCCAGUUCAACGUCGUUUGCCUCAAGAAGUUUACGAUGGCAUCCUUGACAACCUGGAGAAUUUACAUAAAGCUCCCAACCAGGCCGGCUGCACAACAUGCUUUCAGCGUGACCUUCAUGCCUUGUCCUUGACUUGUCGGUCAUGGGAGAAGGCAGUACGCGCACGACUGUACAAUCAAAUACAUAUCGUUGGAACUGACUCGCCGGCUCAAUUGAAGAAAUACCGUCUCAAGAGAGGCAGUCGUUUGAAGUUGCUAAGACGUACCUUACGUGAACGGAAGUUGCUGGCCAAUCUCGUCUACGAGCUCCGGGUUCCCCAAAUGGAUCUGCUUUUCACCACCACAAAGCACAGUACACAAUGGCAAGAAUACCGUGACCUGGUUGCGUCGGUUGUCAUGUGUUGUCCGAAUUUGGAACGAUUACUCGGCUUGGCCAUCACCUAUCACCACGAGUUCGACCGCCUAACUCACGCCUUGUCGACACGAAAGAAGCUGAAGGAGCAUAUUUGGGUUCUUGGAGAAGCAACUGAGGUGACCGAAAUGUCACCGCGUAGCGAUUCUCACCCUGGUAGUCUGGGUCCCGAUCAGAUGUUCGAGUUCCUAGAUUAUCAUGCUUCCUGGAGCAACCUGGAGACCUUAAUGCUUUAUGGGCUGAACGGAAAUGGCGCUUUGGAGCCCAAAUUGGAAUCUGUGCGAUUGGAGAAUUUACCUGGUAUUACAGAAGGUGGUCUCGUCCAAUACACCUCACGCCCUGAGUGCCACUCGAUGAAGACAUUUGUUUUGGUAGAACCAAACAUUGAGUGUCUGUUGGUCAUCUCGAAGAUCCUUUCUUCCCUUCAACAACUUGAACGAUUCAAAUUUGUACAAACUGGCAAAACCCCCACCCUGCCAAACGAAAACAUGGUGUUCCAACCUAUUUUCGCCUCCUCAUCCCUCCAAUACAUUCACUGGGACGUUGCUUGUCCAGACCCCGGCACCGCUCUCACCCAACUCGACUCCCUCCCCUUCCACACCUCUCAAAAGACCUCCGAUACUCCAAACGCUCAUCUCGCCCAAAGCAUUCUUUCAGCCGGUUUUCCGAACCUCCAAGCCCUUCGUGCACCGAAUGAUGUUGAACCUCCGGGUGCCUUGCAGGCUGUUUGCCGACCCAUUACUAAAGGUCAAGCCCUGUUACGACCAGACCGCUACAGCUUGCCUCGCAGCUCCCACGGCUCUGUCAGUAUCCGGCCACUAGCCUUACCUUCAGGAAACAAUUUGACUUCUGCUCGAAUCCGCGCUCAGACUUUCAUCGAUAUGGCAGUCAAGAACACCGAAGCUGGUAUGCGGGUUCUGAUCCAGGAUUAUUCCGACGAGUUUGUCCCCGACAACGCGCUUGCAGCAUCAUUCGACGACGAUCCAGAGGCAGAGAUGGACGACUAUGGUAUCUGGGCCGCCUACGAGCGGUACAAGAACCGACCUGCCGACGAAGAUCACCAAGGCCCGAGGACGGUAUACGAGUUCCGAAUGCCUGCUUACAUGGGCCGGACUGGCAUGGUAGACCCGUUGACUGGUGCAUCCAUCCCUCGCUUCAUUCUACGACCUGAUAUCAUGAGCCAAGAAUCAGACGGUGGUCUUAUUGGAUGGAAACAAAUUCUCGCAUCAAAUCAGUCUCUAUCCUAUGCUGCUGGUAUGGGUGUUCACUGUUUCGACAGUCGAAGUACAGUUAUUCUACCUCCGUUGGAGGAACUCACUUCACCAUCAUCAACUACUUCACGUUUCGCCUGGGGUAGCUUAGGUGGUCGAUCAUCUAGCACCCCUGCAACCCCGACUACCCCUAUCACAAGCAUAAGCAGCGGAUCCAACUGUGCUCUUCCUUGGGACAAAGAUUGUUGUACCGGAUCAUGGAACCAUAAGAUGGGCCGCGACUGGUGGUUCCAUAUGGAACGCGAUCGCCCCGGAAACUCCGAACUCAUUGACGCCAAACAACUCUUUUAA